AUGUCGAAGCUGCCCAAACUCCUCGCCAGCCUCUUCCACCCUCCCGAGGGCAUAUCCAUUGUCGAGUCUGACCGGUACCAGUACUACCAUAAUUGGGGCUUCACGAUCUAUCGUACCGCUUAUGGCGCGACCACCGACCAACAGUGGCUAAGUCUCAUCUCCAAGAUCGAGGCCCGGGCCCUGGACGAGAUCGAGGCCCACGGCGCGUCGGAGCCGGCUGCACCCACACUCAGAUCCCUCUUCCGGCUGGAUCCACGUUCCGACCCUGACAGACUCGAUGGCUUAUCGAUGGAUCAGGUGCGUGAGCUCUACCAGGAGGGUGAGGCGAACCCUCGUGACGGCAAAAUGCCUAUCAUGCAUGCGUAUAACCCCACCCGCCGUCACUUCCUGCUCGCGGACGCAGAGGUCCUCGACGCCGUCGGCCGGGACGAGUUUUGGGUCAAGUGCGUGCAGGCCGACUAUCAUGACGCCCAUUACGUGCCGAAGCACCCGUUCAUGGCCGGGCAGGCGUUUCUCGGAUGGACCAAUAUGACCACGCGGAGCAUUUUGGAGCUGUGGUGGGACUUGGCCAACCGGGAUCUGGUGGGCAUCGCGCCGCCCGUGAUUAAGGGUCAACAAACUACAUUAUACGACGGCGAGUUGACUGGGCACGGGCGCUAA